UCUCCCUCACACCACCAGUCCUGGUCGAUACACACUACAAAACAUCACGCAAACCAUCUUUUAAAUACAUAAGAAGAAUCAAUUAGUUAUUUUUGUGAAUACGUGGUGAUAGUGAGUUAACAGACAAGGAUUAGAGAAGCCCAGAAGAGAACCCUGAGAAACGUCCUGCGCAGAACCUGGUUUCUGUAUACUCAAGAUGCUUGGUGAGAGGAUAGCUUGAUAGAUAGAUAGAUAGAUACAUGGCACUUACAAGGAUAUGAGGGGAGUAUGAAGGGUAUAGCAGGAUACAACGCGUCCCCAGCAUCAUUCAUUUUAUUUCUUCUAACUAUCGUCUCAGCACAACAAUCCCUACGAACCUCCGACCCAGACUCAUUUUACAAGAUGGAGAAUCAAGGGUUGGAUCGCCCUGUAAAUACUCCGGACAAGAUCAAAGAAUCUCAUAAAAAUUCUUUCCUCAUUGGCAGUUUGACAAUUAAUAAUCAAAGGCAUCAAAAAAGAUCGAGUUCGUCUCGAACAUCCCAUGAUCUGUUCUCCUCGUACUCGAACUCAAACUUCGAGUUCUUUUCUACCUGGAACCUGACAGAACUAGAGGAUAUUUCAACAGCGACGGAGAUGUCGGAUGAUCAGAUGAGAUCUCUGGGAUUUCCCGUUCCCUCCACUGAACGACCUAGUCUGGAGCGGGAAACCCAGAGACAUCCCGUCCUAGAUAAUCCUUUCAUACAUUUUCUAUCUCAUCCGCCGGAAAUAACGAAACCGCCGCAGAGUCACAGUGUAAAGUCCGGCGGUAUCGCCGUCCUAUUCUGUCAUGCUACCGGAGAUCCUGCUCCCAACUUCAACUGGAAGAAGAACGGAAAGAAACUGCGGAAUACGGACUCCAGGUAUCUGAUCUCUGAUUUUGAUGGUGGAUCUCUGCUUCGUAUAGAACCAGUGCGUAAGAAGCGUGAGUCUGGAGCUUAUGAAUGCGUAGCUGAGAACGGAGUUGGAGACGAAGUAUCAGUCUCUGCUGAGCUAGAGGUUUAUGAUGAAAAAGAGCUCCCAGUUGGUUUCCCUCAGAUAAUACAGAACCCUGGGAUGAAGGUUGUGGAGAAGGGACGGAACGCUGUUCUGGUCUGCGAGGCUACUGGAGAACCUGCUCCAGUCAUUUCAUGGGUUCGGGAUACGGUUCCAAUCAAUCUGGAGGGAAACCCUCGGUUGAGUAUAAUGCAGCAAGGUAAACUGCGAGGAUCAUUAAGAAUAGAAGCAGCAGAGGAAACGGACCAGGGAAAGUAUGAGUGUGUAGCAAGUAACUCUGUGGGUACUGAGUAUUCCUACUCAGCUCAAUUAUAUGUUAGAGGUAAGUUUAAGUUCUUGAUUGCAAAGUUAACAUUUUUAAUUUCAGCUCUGCCACGCGCUCCGACCCAGGUUCUAGUAACUGAGGUUCAAUCCACCUCUGUCAGGCUCUCAUGGUCAUAUGAUGGAGAUGCUAAGAGCGAAGUACAGUACUAUGUCAUACAGUACAAACCAAGAGCUGCAUCCUGGGACUACAAGGAGAUCAGCGGAGCUAUUACAAACUUCUAUGAUAUCCGUGGUCUUAGUCCGUACACAGAGUACGAGUUUGGAGUUCUAGCAAUGAAUAACGUUGGACGAGGACAGAAGAGUGUCCCUGUGUUUGCAACUACUGGAGAAACAAAACCAGGAGGAUCGAUCCCGGGAGAUGAUCGUCCAGGUUCUGCUCCAAGAAACGUCCAGGUUCGUCCUCUCUCCUCCUCCACCAUGGUGAUACAAUGGGACGAACCCCAGGCUCAGAACGGACUAGUUACCGGAUACAAGGUUUACUAUUCAACAAAUCCUCAGCUUCCUUUAUCACGUUGGGAAUCUCAGUUUGUUGAUAAUAACAAGUUGACAACUAUCAGUGAUCUUACUCCGCAUACAAUAUACACUAUCAGAGUAGAGGCAUACACCAGUAUUGGACCAGGACCUUUAUCUACUCCUGUACAGGUGAAAACUCAGCAAGGAGUUCCCAGUCAACCGAGCCAACUGCAGGCUGUAGAGGUUGGAAGCACAACUAUCCGGUUAACCUGGGAGAAACCUGAUCAUGCAGGAGAAAAUAUUCUUAGUUAUGAACUCUACUGGAAUGAUACUUACACAGCAACGAAGUUUCCGAAGCAAAAAUCUCUAGAAGAUCCGUCUAUAACUGAGUAUACGCUUGAGAACCUGUAUCCGAAUACUCUUUACCAUGUGUGGAUCGCCGCAAAAUCAAGACGAGGCGAGGGAGCUUCUACUCCUAAACUAUCUGUCAGGACGGACCAGUACGUACCCGGAGCUCCGCCCCAGUCCGUCUCAGCAUUCGCCGAGUCGUCCACCUCCCUGAGGAUUGUGUGGGAACCACCACCGGAGAAUAAACAGAACGGAAUGAUUAUCUAUUACAAGAUAUUCUGCGUAAAGAAGUCCCGCUCCGAUAGCGAGGCAACAGUGGUUGAAAUCAAGAACCCUGGAGCUAGAGAAUUUAUCCUGGAUGAUCUGAUAAAGUGGACGGACUACAGGGUUUGGAUGUUAGCUGGAACUAGUGUUGGAGAUGGGCCUAAAAGUACUCCGAUAGAAGUUAAAACAGACGAAGAUGCAAGCUACAUGCCCGGAGAACCUAGAGAUGUUCAGGCUCGACCAAUAAACUCUUCAACUAUCCUGGUAGAGUGGAAACCACCCUUGGAUACUAAACAUAAUGGGAUAAUCAGGGCAUACCAGAUAUAUGUUCAACCAAAGAAGACGGACGGAGUUCAACAUUACUAUUCUCAACCCUUGAGGUUUAGUACAGAGGAUGCAUCCUACACGAUGAUGAACGUAACUGAACUCCAACCUGACACCAAAUACAAAGUUCAGGUUGCUGCUCUGACAAGGAAAGGAGAUGGAACCCGGUCUGAGCCGGUCAAUGUGAAAACUCCUGGAGGAGUUCCAUCCCGUCCUGAAGCUGAGAUCAAGUUAGUGGAGACGGAUCACAAGAUAACGAUGGAUUUGGAAUGGAGAGCUCCAGAGCAAACCUUUGGCCCUCUCAAGGGAUACAGGGUUAGGUACGGUAGACUGAACCAGGAGAAGCUUAUAGAUAUUCUCAUCACAGAUCCUAACGUUCAACACCAGGAGAUCUCAGGACUAGAGAAGGGUAUUGAGUAUGAGUUUAGAGUAGCAGGCGUAAACAACGUUGGUCCAGGACAGGAGUUUAUCCUACCCUAUCUUACUCCGGAGGGAGUUCCAACCGACUCACCGAAGAACAUAACCUGGAGAUUUCAAACCCCCGACGUAGUUGAGAUUGUUUAUGAUCCUCCUCCUGAGCAUGCACGAAACGGGCAGAUUAUCCUGUUUGAAAUCCAGUUCUGGAAAGGAGCAGAUCCGAACCAGAAGAAACUACGAAGCACCAAUGCCAAGAAAACUGUGUUUGCAAACCUGGAUGAUAAUACAGAAUACAAGUUUAGUGUUAGGGCCAACACAAGGAAGGGAUACGGUCCCUGGUCAACACAACAAACAUUCAGGACAGAUCGGAAUAUAGUGAGAGCACCUCUCGGAGUUAAAGCUAUGGCAACCAGUGACUCAAGUCUUGAGGUUUGGUGGGAGGCAGUACCUGUAAGAUCUAAGGUUAUCGGAUACGAAGUAUUCUACAGUAUGGCUGAUGUUGAAGACCUGGAUAUGUGGCAGAGGAAAACCAUUGGACUAGUCACCUCUAUAGAUCUUGUAAACCUGGAAAGACAUGCAAAGUAUUCCAUUGCGGUCGCAGCAAGGACUGUUGAUCAGACUCUGGGAAGAUUAUCCCAGAGAAUAACGGUCGGAGUCAAGCCUGAAGAUGUUCCAAUGAAUCUGCGAGGAGAAGGUGUUACAACCCAUACCAUGAGACUAACCUGGGGACCACCCAUUAGAUUGAUCCCGAUCAACUACCAGAUCUCCUAUGAUGCGGACAAAGAGUUUGUUGAUGCUCAGGGUGUAACUCAAACUGUGAAAAUACCAAAGAUAACCAUCCUUGUGAGCCACAACACCAUGGAGUACACCAUCAAGGACCUGUCUCCCUUUACCACCUACCACGUCAACGUAACUGCUGUACCCGAGGGACGGAGUUACAGACCUCCGGCAAAGAUUACCGUUACUACACAGAUGGCAGCUCCGCAACCUAUGGUCAAACCGGAUUUCUUCGGAGUAAAGAAGGAAACUCCCGGAGUUAUCACUGUAUACCUGCCCCAAGCUAGUGAGGAGUACGGACCUAUUUCACAUUAUUAUCUUGUUGUUAUACCGUACGCUAAUUCUACCCGGACCAAACAUCCUGACUAUUAUGAUUCUUCAGAUCUAAUUGCUAACAGUAAAGCUCCUGUAUCCACCUCGCUAGAGAACAAGGAUGUGAAAGGAGAACCUGAAGCUAAACCUUACAUUACAGCAAAGUUUCUUCAGCGGAAUCUACCCUAUACAUUUCCCCUCGGAGAUGGGAAAACCCACGAGGGUUUCUUGAAUCGUCCCCUGGAGAAGGGCGUGAUAUACAAGAUCUUCGUCCGAGCUUAUGUUGAUGUUCCUCAGAAGCAUUUAUAUACAUCCUCUCCCUUCUCUCCGGUUCUCUCUCUUGACAUGCCAUACGAACCGUAUAUACCCUCUGCUACUCGGCCCCCGGCACAGGACCCUAUCCCGUGUGACGACAUGGCCAACUGCAGCAAUAUCCUGCCGGACCCUAGGAGAGCUAACCUCGUCUGGGUAGUUGGUCCAGUCGUAGCUGGAAUAGGACUCGCAGCAAUAGUCGUUAUGGUCAUUCUCUUUAAAAGGCGACGGCAUCCCGUCAAACAGCCAAUGGACGCCGGUCAGAUCAUGACACCGCUUAUGUCUGGGUUUGAAAUGCAGAAUGCAAGCGUGAUUGCUCCGUCCGAUCCGGUUGAGAUGAGACGAAUGAAUUUUCAGACUCCGGGUAUGCUCUCCCAUCCACCGAUCUCCAUUAGCGAUCUUGCUAAUCACAUAGAAGAUCUGAAAGGAGAAGGUUCUGGAAAGUUUACAGCUGAGUAUGAGAGUAUAGAACCUGGUCAACAGUUUACUUGGGACAACUCUAGUAUGGAUAUAAACAAACCAAAGAACAGGUAUGCUAAUGUGAUAGCAUAUGAUCACAGUCGAGUUGUUCUUCAACCUGUAGAUAGUGUGGUUGGGUCUGAUUAUAUCAAUGCUAACUACUGUGACGGAUACAGAAAACAGAAUGCUUACAUUGCAACCCAGGGCCCGCUUCCGGAGACAUUUGCGGAUUUCUGGAGAUUAGUCUGGGAGCAGAGAAGUUCAACCAUAGUUAUGCUGACCCGUCUGGAGGAGAGAGCUAGGGUGAAGUGUGAUCAAUACUGGCCAACUAGGGGAACAGAAACCUAUGGGGUGAUGUGUGUCACCUUGACGGAUACUCAGGAGCUUGCAACCUAUGUCAUCCGAACCUUCCAGCUUCAACGCAUGGGAUACACGGAUAGAAGGGAGAUUAAACAGUUCCAGUUUACUGCUUGGCCUGAUCAUGGUGUUCCAGAACAUUCUGCUCCGUUCCUUCAGUUCAUUCGUAGAAUUCAUACUCUUAACCCUGGAGACUCCGGACCUAUCGUUACACACUGCAGUGCCGGAGUUGGACGAACUGGAGCUUUUAUAGUAAUAGACUCAAUGCUGGAGAGAUUGAAGCACGAGAAAACUGUUGAUGUCUACGGUCACGUGACCUGUCUCCGAGCACAGAGAAACUACAUGGUUCAGACGGAGGAUCAAUAUAUCUUUAUUCACGACGCACUUCUAGAAGCGAUUCUAUCCGGGAACACGGAGGUGCCUGCCCGGAACUUGCAUCAACAUAUCCAAAACCUACUACAAACCGAUCCCGGAGACAAUAUUACUCCGAUGGAGUUGGAGUUUAAGAACUUAGCUAAUGUAAAAGCGGAACCGUCAAGGUUUGUAUCCGCAAAUCUUCAGGUUAAUCAGUUUAAAAACCGUCUUGUCAACAUACUACCGUUCGAAUCCUCACGUGUUUGUUUACAACCGAUCCGUGGAAUGGAAGGAAGCGAUUAUAUCAACGCUAGCUUUAUCGACGGAUACAGGUAUCGCAGUGCCUAUAUAGCUACUCAGGGUCCAUUAAAUGAGACAGUGGAAGACUUUUGGCGAAUGCUCUGGGAGCACAAUUCUACUAUAGUUGUCAUGCUUACCAAACUCAGGGAGAUGGGCAGGGAGAAAUGUGCUCAGUACUGGCCAAGUGAAAGAUCUGCAAGAUAUCAAUACUUUGUAGUGGACCCACUAGCAGAGUAUAAUAUGCCACAGUAUAUACUCAGGGAGUUUAAGGUCACUGAUGCCAGGGACGGACAAUCUCGAACUAUCAGACAGUUUCACUUCACAGAUUGGCCGGAGCAAGGAGUUCCCAAGUCCGGAGAAGGUUUCAUAGAUUUUAUUGGACAGGUUCACAAAACUAAGGAACAGUUCGGACAGGAGGGACCCAUCUCUGUUCACUGCAGUGCCGGAGUAGGACGAACCGGUGUGUUUAUCUCCCUCUCCAUAGUACUGGAGAGAAUGCAGUACGAGGGAGUUGUUGAUGUUUUCCAAACAGUUCGAACCCUCAGGACACAGAGACCAGCUAUGGUUCAAACUGAGGACCAGUAUCAGUUCUGCUACAGAGCUGCCCUAGAGUACCUGUCCUCGUUCGACCACUACACUGAUAAUUGACAAUCAGCCGGCUUGGAACUCGGUGUCUGAGCUAACUAUGUCAUCCUCCGCUUUUUCGGCACAAAUUGUCAGCGUCGAAAUCAAAGAUCUCAGCUGACUUUUGUUAUGGAGUUCCCAGCCGGUGAGUCUCAAUGUUCCAAUUCUUCAAUCUGGUCACAGAUCCAUUCCAGAUCUCCAAACCUUCAUUCAAACAACGGGGAAAACGGAUUCCUAGCAGCAGGUUUCACUUCUAGUGUUCCUCCAUCCACAGUUUCUAGCAGGGUCAGCUCCUGUUUCUCGUAUUGUCGAGAGGGAGUUCGAGUAUGGUUCCGGAGAUGCUGUGAAUGCCUUCGUAGCCCUGUUCCUGCUCGAAUUUAUGGUUUAUCUGAGGAUAGGUUCUGUGGAGCCUCUGCUCCACCACCAGGACAGUCCACUCUACCAGCAGGACAUCAUACUCCUGCAGAAUUAAUAUCCGGAGAUAAACCUCUUGAUAGAUUUUCCGGAGCAACUGCUCCUCAUCGGCCUGGAGAGAGAAGUUCGAGUAACUCUGAUAGUCCUCCGUACCUUCCUUCUCAAACUAGAAUUAUAUCUGAAAGAAAAGGUUACAGAUCUGAAAGUGGGUUCCGAGAUCUUGCUGUUUAAAUAUGUACGAACUUUUUACACUGUUUCACAGUGUUGUACCACAGCAGUUCACUAACAAGCUAACCAACAGCAGUGCCAUGUCUGUUUGCACAUGUUUGAAUGAUCUUAUGAAAAGUAUGAUUUGAACCUUAUUUCUUACAGAACCAAGAUCUCAAAUGUAUUUAGGAUAAAUGAGUGACUUGAGUGUUGUAUUUCAACCAGAAUAGUUUAAAAUGUUUAGAACGCAAAACAAUUAUUUUCGCUAUAUUACUAUAGUUCCUAUUCACUUCUAACAGUGGAAUUGUACUCAAUGGCACAGAUUAUUGUUAAUUAAGAUGAUCUUUUAGUUUUAUCAAAGGAAAACUAUUUAACAUUUAAAUUUAAACUGUUAAUGGAUAUUGUAUAAAUGAAGUCCGCGCGGCAUUUUAGUUCGGUGGCGUGCUGCGCGUGUUGAUGCACUAAAAUGCCGCGCAGAUGAACGCGAAUGUAUCAGCACUAAUAACUAAAGACGACAUCGGCACUAGAUUGGUUGCAGAGGAUGGCAUUUAAUUAGCCGCGUUUCCAAGUCAUUUAAAUUUAACUCCAACUUUUGGAUUGCUCAAAAUUUUCUUGCACCUGUUAAAUGUCAAUUGUAUGUGUAUGAUCAGACUCAUUCUGUUCUCCAGCCAUAAAGCCUUUAUACUUGAAACUUAAUGGCUACAAUAAACAUCCUGUAUUUAAAUAUAUCAAUUUCUCAACCGUAAAGGUUUCAGUCUACAGUUUUCAUUUUAUAUUACGACCUUUCUAUAUCUGUGGUUUAGAGCAUUUUUCGAAAUUUUCAGUUUAUUGUUUUUUAUAAAAAAUUUAUAGUCCAAAGUUUCAAGGAUACUGUCUUCAGUCUGGAGUCACAGAGUAUACUCUCAUGUUCAGAGGAUUCAGUGCUUACACGAAUUUGCAAAAUUAGCUGAUCCAAACCAAACAUAAUAAUAAAAAUAAACCAAACCAAAUAUGAUCUCCGACAAAAUCUUAUUAAUAAUAUGAUGCCAUAACAGUACCUACUUAAAUUUUCCUGUUAGAAAACAAUUAUAAUGAAUUUAACUGCAGCUAGAUAGAAAUAUUAUUCUCCUCUUACUCCCUGCCACCCUUAGAGCCCGUAAAUCUAGUAGCUAGCUUAAAAUCCUCUAUAUCAGCCUUUCGCACAUAUCUUCAGAAAUUGUUCAGCAAUGUUAUAUGUCAACAAUAAGCUACAACGCACACAAAUUAAACUUUAACACGUACAGUGUGCAGUGCACAAUGUACAUGUAAUUGUGUAUUGCACCCUGUAAAAUGUUGAGAUUAAGUGCAGUUAAAUAUUUUAAAUCAUGUCGCAAUGAUCGAAUACAACGCACAAAUACAUGAACUAUGUUUUUUGCGCUGUUGUAGUUUAACAAUACAUUAAAUUGUACCACCUGCUUGUUGUACAAUAUGUACUUUGUAAUUCUUUUUUCUAUGAUGUUAAUUAGUUGUUGAAAAAUGUAAUUAGCGUACUAUAACAUUUUAAGUACAUAAAAAAGCACUAGCAAAUAGUUUAUAAAUACUUGUUUGUACAUCAUUUCUGUACAUGUCAUGGUUUUAGUACUAUUUCUAUUUUUUUCAACAACCAGCAUUAUAAUUCAGUUUUAAUAUUCCCAAACUCAAAUAAUCUCGCAGAUCUACUUAUCCAAAUUAAAGCAUAAUUUUAUCAGAAAAGUAAAAAAAAUUGUAUUCAUAGUACAUAAGAGGCACUGUACACGUACUAUGUACACCCUUAUUGCGGGCAAUUAGUAAAAUGUGAUACUAGUUUUAAAUUGGGUUUAACCUAUAUCCAUAUUUUUAACAUUGGAUUUAAUAUUCGAAAUUGAUGUUAACAGUACUUUCCUGUACUGUAAGAUACUGUACUGUACUGUACUGUACUGCACAGUUUUACUCAAAAUGUAAACUAAGCUUUUACAUUUUAAUCCGUAAAUGUAACUUAAACAUGACCAAUGAAUGAAUCAUCAGACCGUGGAUAAUCAAUCCUAAUAUUUAUAAUCCAGGCGAGCUUUCGGAAAAUUAUUUUUUGUUUUCAAGAUGGCGCCAAAUAGCGAAAAAACCUCGUCUUUGCCUGGAGUUUGCUGUUAAUCAAUUAAUUUUAUUGCUACCAUUUGUUUAUCAGAAUCCAGUACAAAAAUAAAUAUUAUUCAUUAUU